AGAGAACUACAGUAAUGGAAAGAAUAGAUUCAGUAGAUAGAGAUAGGCAACAAAAAAGGGAAAAUUAAAAAUCACAUUCACAGUUCUCUCUCUCUUUCUUCCCUGAUUCUCUGCAGAGCAGAGGCAUCUUCUGCAUUCUUACUUCUCACACAUUCCUCUGUUGUCAAGUUCCCUUCUCAGGAAACCAAACCCUCUUCUCAUUCUGCCUUCUUUGUCUGCCCAUGAAUUUCUCUUCCAAAUAUGGGUGAAGAAUCCUUAGCUACAGUUCCAUUUGACAGAGCUGUUGAACAGGCGAUUGUGACUUUGAAAAAGGGUGCUUAUCUUUUGAGGUGUGGACGGAGAGGGAAGCCGAAGUUCUGCCCUUUUAGGCUAUCUACGGAUGAGAAGUUUUUGAUUUGGUAUUCCGGACAGGAGGAAAAACAAUUGAGAUUGAGCUCAAUUACAAAGAUUAUACCUGGGCAAAGAACUGUAAAUUUUCAGAGGCAGCUUCAAGAAGAAAGGGAGUGUCGGUCCUUUUCACUUGUCUAUGCUAACGGCGAACGGUCACUUGAUCUGAUAUGCAAGGACAAAGCACAGGCCGAUUCUUGGUUUUUAGGCUUGAAAGCUGUGAUAUCCAGAUGCCAACAUCCUAGACAAUUGAGCACAUUCAGAAACUGCGUAGGCGUACAAACUUGUUUCAAUAGCCCAGCAGGUUAUUUUCGAAGAAAGCAUAAUCUAGGACUUCUAGAGGAUACACCGAAGUUUAGUCAGGUACGCAGCUUAUGUGGAAGCCCUACACAGUCACUUUCAGAGAGGUGUUUUUCUGAUGGCUUAUCGUAUUCUGCUGAUAGCUUUUAUUCAUCAGAAUCGAGUGUAUCGAAUGUGAAAAAUGUAGUGGAUGUCUCACUUCCAAGUUCUCCUUAUGUUGAACCAGAUCAUCUCAAACAGGGGGAAGAAAUCUAUGCUGGCACAGAAAUUCAAACAGAUAUGCUGAGUCAGGUUGCUGCACCUUCUCAUGCAUCACCACAAAUGGAAAAGAAUGAUAUUUUGAGGGAUGUCAUGAUAUGGGGAGAAGGAAUAGAAGGAGGGAUCUUAGGAGGUGGGGUCUAUAGGUUUGGUAACCAAAAUGGGAUGCAAUCGGAUGCUUUGCUUCCCAAGUUACUAGAAUCCACCACAAUGUUAGAUGUGCGAGAAAUAUCUUUAGGGGGGAAGCAUGCUGCCCUAGUUACCAAACAUGGGGAAGUCUUUUGCUGGGGUGAGGGGAGUGGGGGAAGGCUUGGGCAUAAAGUUAACAUGGAUAUGGGCAACCCAAAAAUUGUUGAAUCCCUUACUGGUGUCCUUGUAAAAUCAGUUUCCUGUGGGGAAUAUCAAACGUGUGCUCUGACGCAUUCUGGUGAACUCUAUACAUGGGGUGACAAUGGUUCUGGUAUAGAUUUAGUGGGUGAGAGGAGAAAGAGAAGUCAGUGGAUACCAAGUCGGCUUUCUGGUCCUUUGAAUGGUACAAGUAUAUCAAAUGUUGCUUGUGGGGAAUGGCAUAUGGCAAUUGUGUCCACUUCUGGACAAUUAUUUACCUAUGGAGAUGGAACUUUUGGGGUUCUUGGGCAUGGAAAGCUUGAAAGCAUUUCUCAACCGAAAGAAGUUGAGUCUCUCAGUGGUUUAUGGGUUAAAGCUGCUGCAUGUGGACCAUGGCAUACAGCCGCUAUUGUGGAAGUCAGGGCUGACCGCCUGAAGUUCAACACUAAAGGUGGGAAGUUGUUUACAUGGGGUGAUGGGGAUAAAGGAAGACUUGGGCAUGGUGAUCAAGAGAGGAAGCUUUUACCAACAUGUGUUGCACAACUUGUGGAUCAUGAUUUUGUUCAGGUUUCUUGUGGGAGAAUGUUGACUGUCGGACUUACAUGUUUGGGGACAGUUUACACAAUGGGAAGUGCAGUGCAUGGGCAGUUAGGAAAUCCACAAGCCAAGGAUAAAUCAAUUGCAAUUGUUGGAGGGAAGCUUAAAGACGAAUUUGUUAAAGAGAUUUCAUCAGGAUCAUAUCAUGUUGCUGCAUUGACAUCAAAGGGAAGCCUUUAUACAUGGGGCAUGGGUGCAAAUGGGCAGUUAGGAUUAGGUGAUACUGAAGAUAGGAACUCCCCAGCUGUAGUGGAGGAGUUGAGAGAUAGACAAGUAGAAAGUAUUGCUUGUGGAUCAGGUUUUACUGCUGCAAUCUGUUUACACAAGUCUAUAUCUAGCACUGACCAAUCAGCUUGUAGUGGAUGUAGAAUGGCUUUUGGGUUUACAAGGAAGAAGCAUAAUUGUUAUAAUUGUGGUCUUCUAUUCUGUCGUGCAUGUAGUAAUAAGAAGGUUCUAAAUGCAUCUCUAGCGCCUAAUAAAAAAAAGCCUUUUCGAGUUUGUGAUCCAUGCUACACCUAUCUGCAAAGGAUUAAACAUUCAAGUAGACUAUUGAAGCUGGAAAAUCAUAGUCCAAGACAGCUAUUGAUGACACAAAAGACGUCGUUCGAUGAGAAAGAGGACAGGGGGGAAGGAACUCCUGCACGGACUCAAUUUUCAUCGGUUGGACAGCCCUGUAAUGAGGCAAGCCAAUCCUAUGAAAAGAAACCAUUCAAAAACCAAGUGGAAAACCAGCAGACUGUAGAACCAGUUUCUUCUUUGUCAAAUGGACUGCCUAGAUGGGGUCAAGUUCCAUGCCCUUUUCUAUUUGAAAAAUAUUGUAGAGAAAAUUCUAUAGCAUUGGUUCCUCUUUCCAAUAAUCAGCUAUCGUCUGUUCCUCUGUGUUGGAAACACAGCCCCCGGGGAUCUAAAUAUAUGGUAUCCACUGUUGUGAACAUGGAGAAAGAUUUUCCAGACACAGAUAAGAUUCUCAUAGAAGAAGUUGAGAGGCUGAGAUCUGAGGCUAGGAGCCUAGAAAAGCUAUGUCAAAUGAGAAGUGAGAAGAUUCAAGAAUGUCAACAAAAAUUACAAGAAACAUGGUCUCUAGCAAGGGAGGAAGCUGCUAAGUGUAAAGCAGCAAAGGAGGUUAUAAAAGCUUUAUCAUCAAGGCUUCAUACGAUGUCAGAGAAACUUUCUUCUGAAAGAGAUGCAAAGGAUGGAAUUGAUUCAAAGCUGCCUCAAAUCAUUACAAGAUAUGUAGAUACUCCGAAAGAGAGACAGCUAGAUAGUCUGUGUGGCUCUCCAAUUGUGUUCUCUAAUUCCCUGAGAUCUAUGUAUGGGAGAGAUGAGUGUCAAGGCCAUACUAGAUCAGUAGAGGAUUCAUGCCUCGAGAAAAUAGAUCCUAGACAGAAUGGAACUAAGCCAUCCAAGCUUGAAUGGGUGGAGCAGUAUGAACCUGGCGUAUAUAUCACAUUCAUAACUUUAGCAAGUGGGCAAAGAGGCCUCAAGCGGGUGAGAUUCAGCCGCAAACGAUUUACUGAGAAGGAAGCAGAGCGAUGGUGGGAAGAGAAUCAAAUAGGAGUAUAUCAAAAUUAUGGGAUUGAAGGAUACAUAAGCUCCAGCCAAAAUAAGAUGAAGGGUGAAUGUAGGUGUGUUCAUCAAGAACACUAGGGAAGAAGGCCCGUGCCCUAACGAUAAUUUCAUGCAGUCAAAAAGGUAGUUUCUUCUUGUCAGCUCUUUGAACUGAAUACCAAGUUGAAUGUCUCAUUAUCUAACUAAUGAAGAAUUGGCUUACAGAUAAAGGUGAAAUUUUCUUUGUAUUUAAGAGUCCAAGUACUUGUUCAUAUGCUGUUCAGUGUAUAGUUGUCAAUAAGGAGAAGCAGGUCUUUUACAUAGACAUGGAUUUUUCUUUGUUUUUCCUUUUGAUAUGAAAAUUUUUAUUGAUUGAGAAGAGAAUCUACAUGGUUGUGCUCCUCAAUAAAAUCAAGAGCUCAGUAUAUUUGAA